CGGCCAGCUCAGUAUCUUGGCGGCCUCGCUAGCAGCCGGACGCGAAAAAACCACCCCCAAAACCCCCGGCAAAGAGUGAAAGGACGAGAGUGAAAGUGAGAAAGAAAAAGACACCUGAACCACAAUCAACGCGAACGCGAAGUAUCAGCAAGCGCACUCCAACACAGCCGACACAAAAAAAACAAAGAAGACAAAGUUCUGGGCCUCUGGGCGGACUCGGGAAGGGCUAUGGCAUUGGUUGCGGGCAUGGCGUCGCUGGUCACUGGCUGGCUGUUUUCGCUCGAGGGGCUACUGCUGGUCGGUUCGGUAGCGCUGCUCUACUACUUCCUCGUCGUGUCCGUCCACCGGUACUUCGCGGAGCGUGGCGUUGCCCACGAGCGACCAUCGUCGGUGCUGGGUAAUGGCAGCGAUUUCCUGCUCCGCCGGCGUCACUUUACCGACGUGCUCGAGCAGCUGUACCGGCGGUUCCGGCGGCACCGCUUCUUCGGUUACUUCGACUUCCUCUCGCCGAUCUACGUGAUCCGGGAUCUGGAGCUGGUGAAGCAGAUCUGCAUCAAGGACUUUGACCAUUUUCUGAACCAUCGCAUCCAGCUGGACGAGAACCACGAUCCACUGUUCGGGCGGGCCCUGUUCGCGAUGCGCGAUACGCGCUGGCGGAACAUGCGCGCCGUCCUGAGCCCGGCCUUCACCGGCAGCAAGAUGCGCCAGAUGUUCGGGCUGAUCACCGCGUACUGUGAGGCCGCGGUCCGGACGAUCGAGGGCGAAACGGCUGGCACCGGCGGGUACGCGGAUCUCGAGAUGAAGGAGCUGUUCCGCCGCUUCGGUAACGACAUCGUGGCGACGUGCGCGUUCGGCAUCGAGAUCAACUCGUUCCGCGAUCGCACCAACGCGUUCUACACGCUCGGCAAGGAGCUGACCAACCUGGACGGCAUCCAGGGGCUGAAGUUUCUCGCGUUCAGCUCGUUCCCCCGGCUGAUGCAGCUGCUGCGCCUCCGGCUGUUCAGCGACAAGAUGACGCGCUUCUUCCGCCACGUCGUGCUGGAUACGAUCGGGCAGCGCGAACGGAAGCGCAUCAUCCGCCCGGACAUGAUCCACCUGCUGAUGGAGGCCCGCAAGCAGGAGCUCAAGUUCGACGAGAACGGUAACGUGGUGCACCACAACGGUACCGCCAAUGGCAGCGAGAUGGACGGUAUUGGACCAUCGAAGCGCCUCAUGGAUUGGACCGACGAUGAUCUGGUCGCCCAGUGCACCGUGUUCUUCUUCGGUGGCUACGACACCGUCUCGACGCUGUCCGCGUUCAUGGCGCACGAGCUGGCGGUCAACCCGGACGUGCAGCGCCGGUUGCGCGAGGAGGUGGACGAGGUGCGUACCGCGCUCGCCGGGGCACCCCUCACCUACGAGACGAUGCAGUCGAUGCGCUAUCUCGAUAUGGUGGCGAUGGAAACGCUCCGCAAAUGGACGCCCGCCCCGUUCCUCGACCGUAUGUGCACGAAACCGUACGUGCUGGAGGACUACGAUGGCCACAAGGUGCAGCUGCGCAAGGGUGACGGCAUCUGGAUACCGGCGUACGCGAUCAUGCGCGAUCCGGACCUGUUCCCCGAGCCGGACCGGUUCGAUCCGGAGCGCUUCGCGACCGACGGCAAGGGUACGGUCGAUCCGUCCACCGUCCUGGCGUUCGGUAUCGGGCCCCGUAACUGCAUCGGUUCCCGCUUUGCCAUCAUGGAGGUGAAGGCCGUCUUUUACUAUCUGCUGAGCCGCUUCCAGCUCGAGAUGGCCCCCGCUACCCAACAUCCGAUCCGCCUGAAGGUCACCAGCCUGGCACCGUCCGCCGAGAAGGGUUUCUGGAUUCGGUUCCGGGUGCGCCAGCCGGCCGCCUAGCCGCCCAGUCGAGCGCGCUAUGAUCGAAACGGCCAACCGGGUCACCACACCUUCCCCCAAUCAUUCUUUGUUCCGCCCCAGGCGCCCCCCUCACAGGGUGGCAAUCACAGCGCACGAUGUGCCCAACUUCAAGAAGGUGCGAGAGAGAGAGAGAGAGAGAGAGAGAGAGGGUCAAUUGGGAGCAAUUGAUCGUCGCCCGUGAUUUUUGGGACUGGUUGCUGUUGUUGGAGGUGGGCCGCCGGUUUAGCCUUUCUUCUUCUCGCACACGACCCAUCGUGUGCCGCGAACAAUGGCGCUGCAGCACGCUUCCUAUCUUAUCUCUGCUACUCCUUCCUUCUCGCUCUCCCCCCCUCCCUCCGCCACUGGCGUUUGCUUGCUCAUCUGCUUGAAAUUGAAUCGGUUUAUCUGUGCACUAGAAGAACUAGAGAACAUCAAUAAAUCAUUCGUUUGUGUGCA